UGAAAGUAGCAGUCCUGCCCUCUUCAGUUGCUGCAACUCCAGCUGUGUGAGGAUGCAUCUGUUUUUCACGUCUUUAUUCCCCUUCACCCUGCUGAUGGCGUCCCACCUGGUGAGUGCCACCGUGUCCAAGAGCUUCAAAGAGUGCAGCCAAUUCUUCUACAUGCAGACCCCGCCUGCAGGGAUCAGAGGAACAAGCCUCAAGUGGAUCUGCCAGAAAUAUGCAGACAAACUUCGCUACGCCACACUGUAUGACAGCAGUCGCCAUCUCCCCCUCUACUCAGCCUACGUCUUCAAGAAGUCUGACGGGAAGAGGAGGAUGGACACCCCCUGGAUGUAUGAGCCUCAGCUGCUUUCAAAUGAUGAGAGUAGUAACAUGAAGGCACUUCCCCUGAGUGAAAAGACUCCCCCUCUGAUUGAGGACAGCCAGGUUGUUUUAGAGGACUACACAGAUGCCGUAGGAUAUCGACGUGGCCCACUAAACCCUGACCUGCACCAAGCAGAGCCAGAUGACAAAUCCUCCACUUACACCCUGACCAACGUAGUUCCACUGAUCACAGAUUUCCUGGAAACCUCUUGGAACCCAUACUUAGACAUCGUUCGCCGACGUCUCAACAAUUUCUGCCAUGGCAAAUCUUUUGUGGUGACAGGGGUGACUGUUUCAGGGGCUGCCAUUCAGCGUAAUAACAGGGACCGUCUCAUCAUUCCAAAACACUUAUGGCUGGCAUACUGCUGUCCACAGUUUGAUCGUAACUCACCAUAUGAAGUGAGGUUUAUGUUCCCUAGCUACGGGGGCUAUGCACUGAAUGAACAGGCUGGAUUUAGUGUAGUCGAGGUACCUCUAAAGACUCUGGAGACAUUCUUAAGGAGCCAGACAGACAUAGACAGUGACAUGGCCAUAUUCUACAAGGGAUGUGUGGCAGAAAAUCCCUCAAAGAAGAGGAGAGACCUUACCGAUGUUUUAGUAUGAUGGAAUUUUUAUAGUUGAUCUUCUACAUGAAAAACAGUAUUUUGUCAAAAGCUAGCUAGCACUUCCUUCCACUUAGUAGGUUAGUAGCCAAGCUAGUGUUAGCUAACAUUAGCCAGCUCAGAGAAAACCUGAAAAAAAGGAAAAAAAUGUUUUCUAAAAAAUAUAUCCUGCAGAGUCUCUGCUGUUUUUGUCCUACAGAUAGACAGGCUUCAUUAGAUAAAACUAGCCAUUUACCUACUUUUAUGGAGAAACUGGCAGCUCGCUGGCUAAUGCUAGUUUGCUUGCUUGCUAAGGUCACUUGCAAGUCCCUGUCUGAAGCCACAUGUUUUCUAUUUUGAGUCCAUUUGUAUGCUAUACUUAGCUAAAGCUGGUCAGUGCUAACUUUGGGAGCUGAGGAGAGGCAUUGUGACCAUAAUGGUCAUGUCCUUGUCUCACUCAUAGGCUCUUAGAGGCUAUACAAAAAUUCACAAACAGUAUAAUUUUAAAGUCACAUUGCAGUCUGUUUCACACACUUGCAAUAAAAAAGGGUUUCAUACAUGAAAAAAAGUUGCAGACUUUUUAAACAGGAUGCAGAGUAAUGCAGGAAUGUUGAAAUGCAUCCAUUGCAAAAACAGGACUAAACCAACUUUACAGUGUUGAGCAGUCCUGCUUCACAUGUUUUUGAAUAAAUUAAAGUAUAAUUCAGUUAGAAAGGAAUAGAGCCAUUAAAUUGAUACAAUUUAUUAAUCUUGCCUUUAUGGAAAAAAAAUUAUGAACCCAAUAGCAUCUUUAUUAAAUCCUUCCUGUGGUAAUUGCCAUAGCUGUUAAAAUUUCCUGCACUUAAACUGAAUACAUUCAAGCCAAAAUGACCUGACUUGUAAUUUGUCCACAUCUUUGUCUUUAUCCCACCUAUUGUUCUCCUCGACUCUAUUUGUAUUAUGAACUCUAAAGUGCUCAAGUCCAGAUGUUCAAACCAAAUUUAAACCAUGGUGCUGAAAUAUUCUACCUCAUUUUUAAUCUAGGUGACAGAGAAGACAUUUGCCUGUUACUGACCUGUGCUGUAUAUGUUAAUGCUGAACAAAUAAAGCUCAAAUGUGCACUUAUUUAUAUAGUAAAAUGCAAUUUUCAGAAAUUCCUCCAUGGAAAGAAAAUUAUAGCCAUAUAUAAGAACGGUGCAACCAUGAGUAUCUUUAACUUAUAUUCUGUCUUUUCCCAAAAAUGUUUCAUUAUUUUGCAUUUCACAGGAUGACCAGUAGAUAGAAAACAGCAUGUCACAUAUUGCUGCUGGAAAAAAAUUAGUGUUUCUAUGUCUGGAAAGUGUUGAAAAUAUGCAUUGGGUCACAAUCACGUAUUUGAUUUUGUUAUAUCUUCCUGAGAACUGAGGAAAAAAUCUUCCCAUUGAACUUUUUUGUGAUUUCCUUCCUCUUUGGAGCUAAAAGAGGCCGCCCAAAAACAUGAGAUAUCAAUGGAAAGCCCAGGAUUUCCUCUAUUUAGUACAUGAGGACUAGCUCAAAUGAGUCAAAAGAUAUAGACCAAAAACAAAUGUCCAUUACAGAGGACAUAAAUAAGCUGGUUUGAAUGAUAUCUCAGGAUAUGCCUCUUUUGUGGCACAAUCAUUCUGUAUUUUAUUUAUAAUGUAUUUUAUUCUGUAUUUUAUUUUAGUAAUCUCUUAAA